CAAUGUUUUGGUGCUUCAGGCAACCGCGAAUUUCCAAUGCCUUACAAAUUGUGGAGCUUCUUGUUCAUAUGGAUUGUGAAGGAUGUAAAAGAAUGAUAAGAAAAGCAAUCUCUAAGUUAGAUGGAGUUGAUAGGUUGGACAUAGACAUGGAUAAGCAGAAGGUGACAGUGACUGGAUAUGUUGAUCAGGGACGUGUUCUAAAGGCGGUGAGACGCACCGGUAGGAAGGCGGAGUUCUGGCCAUAUCCCUAUGAUGGAGAAUACUAUCCAUUUGCAUCACAGUAUCUAGAUGAAUCCAAUUACACAACAUCUUAUAACUAUUACAGGCAUGGGUUUAAUGAACAUAUGCAUGGCUACUUCCCCAACCUCUCAUAUGUUCAUGUUGUUGAUGAUCAUACAUAUACUCUAUUCAGUGAUGAGAAUGUUCAUGCUUGCACCAUUAUGUGAUCCUUCCCACAGACUCAUAGCAUGAGAUGAUCAUAGUAAUUUAUCUCAUACA